UAAAAUGGGCGCACCCCGUCGUUGCUCUUAUAACGUCUGUAAAGGACGUAAUAAAGGUAGUUUUCGUUGCUGCUUCGUUUUGAACCGUUCUAAUGACAACGCGGUAAUAGAUUGUUUGGAAAGAGAAACACAUCUUUAUAGCCGAGAUGUUUGGUAAAACCAUAAAAGGCUUGCUGUGUCUUGUCCCUGGGAAACACCAACUGGGGGCGUACAGGUUCCUGCCUAUCUUUUUCUGCAUUGGAGGGGUCAUGGAGUGGAUUAUGAUCAACGUGCGGAUAGGACCAGAAACUUUCUAUGACGUCUACAGAAGGAAGAAGUCAGAGCGGCAGUACCAGCAGAAGAUGGUAGAAGGUCUCCUAGUGCUCGAUCAACCCGGAGACAAGUGAAUGAUGGUCAGACUUUACAACAGUCUCCUGAGGAGACACUGUUGGACACGAACUCCCUCAAUAGUUUUUAACAACUGAAUUACAAUCAUAGAGACCAUUAGGACAAAAAGACAAUGGAGAAAUCCCUUCCAGCUUGCAGGUUUUAUCCUGUAAAUAUGAGUCAAACAACCAUAGUUAAACUUGGUGUUACAAUGCUGUAUGUAUGAGAUCAAGGCUGAUUUAAGUGUCAACGAAUACUACCAAAGUAACAUCAAUAAAAAAAACAUUUUAUAUCUAUUA